AUGAUAACCAAGGACGGCUCCGGUCCUCACCUCCCCACCGCCUACGAGCCGGAGCCAUUCGCCAAAUACGGCACCCUGGACGUGGCCUUCGAGUACGACUCCGGGGAGCAGUGGUUGGCCGUCACGGUCACCGCGGCGACAGACAUCCCCGCUCUGAAACAGACGGGAAACAUCGCCUGGCAGGUCCACCUCGUCCUGCUGCCCACCAAGAAGCAGCGAGCCAAGACGGGCGUGCAGAAGGGGCCGUGUCCCAUCUUCACGGAAACAUUUAAGUUCUCCAGGGUGGAGCAGGACGCCCUCGGGGACUACGCCGUGCGCUUCCGCCUGUACAGCAUCAGGAGGAUGAAAAAGGAGAAGGUCCUGGGAGAGAAGGUGUUCUACCUGACUAAGCUCAACCUGCAGGGGAAGAUCGCGCUGCCUGUCACCCUGGAGCAGGGCUCUGAGCUCACGGGUUGUGGCUCUGUGGUGAGUGUGUCUCGCAGCGCAGGAGCUCUGUCCUAUCGCUCCACUGAAGACUCCUCCCUGCCGGAGCUCCUUCUGGGUCUGCUCUACAACUCUGUCACGGGACAGUUAUCUGCUGAGGUCGUCCAGGGAAGCCACUUCAAAACCCCGGCGUCGGAAAAACCCGUCAACGGUCUGUUCUGUUGUGUUAAACACUUUGUUGGGGGGCAGCUUUAUGUCAUGAGAGACACCUACGUGAAGCUGACCAUGCUGGACUCCAAGGGGAAGGAGAUGUCCAAGUGUAAGACUGCAGUGUGCCGCGGGCAGCCCAACCCCACCUACAAGGAGACCUUCCUGUUCCAGGUGGCGCUCUUCCAGCUGUCCGAGGUGUCUCUGGUGCUGUCGGUGUUCUGCCGGCGGAGCAGCAUGAGGCCCAGGGAGCGGCUGGGCUGCGUCUCCCUCGGCCUCAACAGCACCAGCGAGGACCAGCAGGCCCACUGGACAGAGAUGAAGGAGGCGGAGGGGCAGCAGGUCUGCCACUGGCACACACUGACCAACACAUAGGGGGCGGAAGAUUCAAGAAGACUGAGAUUUUACACCAUUCCCAGAGUUUCAGGGGGGGGGUAGCAGAAGCACCAGGAGGGAUGUGUGUGCGCUGCGUACAGGUGUGUAGGGUUUCACUGCCAGAGACUGCAUGAACACCCUUUAAUCUGCCACAGACUUUUAUUGGCGGAGGUGGAAGCUUCAGCGCCAGCCUUUUAUUGACAGAGAAAAAUGCAGAGGCAGACAGACUGAGAACGAAUUACAUUAUCAUUACUGAACUUAAAAGAAAGAGUGUUUUUUUUUCAGUAAUUCUUCCUACAGCAAGGUCUGCAUGAAACUGUUUACAGGACACAUUUUUCUGUCUCUGAAUCUUGGACCAAAGAGCUCGGUCCAUGACCAGCAGACUCCUCCCUGUCUCUUGUUCUUCUUCUCUGGAUUUAAGCUACCACCAGCAUACCAGACAUUUCUCUAUCAGUCAUAGCCAUUGACAAAAGAGAAGGCAACGAAAAGACUGUUACAAAAGGGCCUACAACAUGCUGCAACUAUGCUUACAAGCUAUGCUUUGUACAGAUUGUUUACAUGCACAUGACAUUAUGCAAGAUCCAGUUAUCAUUUCCCCUCUUUUAUGGCUUUUGGAUUAUCACUCAAAUGGUUUACUAGAUGUAUGUGUGUGUCUGGGGUUUGUGCUACACAAAGACACUUUAUUAUUUGAUUUAUUUUUGGUGUUGCAUAACUCGCUACACUAUGCAUCCAACUCCACUUUAAGCUGGAGGAGUGAAAUUCUGUCUUCUGCUCGCUGAGUCUCUUUCAGAAUUGGACACAGCCCUGCAUGCCACUGUAUCAAAGAGCAGCUUCCUUUCCUGUGUAGUACAGAUUGAGCCUGUUUCACCAUUCAGCCUUCUGACAACUCAGCCAUGUUCAUUCAUGUAGAAACAUGGUGCUUCCCGCUGAGGAGGGAUAUGCAAAAGCCUGCGCAGUCCAAUAAACCUGGCUGCUUCUCUGCCGCUGACAGCAGUGAAGUGAGCCGGAGUGGCAGAAUGAAAUUACAUUAAAAAGGAACAUUUUCUGAUUACAAGGGAAUAGGAGAAGGAUAAUUAAAUAAAGGCGGAAAUCAAUUAAAACACUGUGCAGGAGUGUGAGGAAUCUGGUUUUACAUGCAUCUGGAACAAAGCCAAUUUCAUUAGCUAUGAGUCAGAAAAUCCCCCCAAAAAACAUCAGUGCAGACUCCACAGCCACACCCCGAGUUUCAUGCUGAAGCCCUCCCUCUUCUCUCCUCUGGCUGAAGCUGAGGGGUGUGGGAUGCAUUUUUCUCGUCUCAGUGAUGUCAGACCUGACCCCGUCCUCUGGGCUCGGGGCCCUGCAGCUACACUUCGCUCUGACAGUUCCUGCAGAGCCACAUGUUCAAUUUAAUUCAUUAUAAGAUACACACCAGAUGUGUAGCAUUCCUGAGAGAUAAACAAAUGGCUUUUGAUUGCAGAUGGGAAUCACAGCCACUGGAGUGUUUUCAUUAGAAUGGCAUUUUGUUCUAAGCACAAUUUGUGCAUUACCAGCAUUUACAACCCUUUAGUUCCACUUUUUGGGAAACGACUGACCAAUCUCAUGCCAGUAUGAAGCUUAUAGUUUGCUUACAGACAGCAGCUGGGUUAUUUAGCAUUAAGUUAACUAUGUAAGCCCAUUUCUGCCCAAAAAAAUACUUUAAAAAUUAUGAGAUAGCUUCUUAAAAUGACUUAUCUCAGUAGCUAUAAGCUAGGGCUAGGCAGUUUCAUUUUUACUACCCAGACCAGACAGUGGUAUCAAUCCUUUCAUCAAAGAAACUGGGGGGAUUUAAACAUUAUUACCAAACAAUUUAUUUUAAAGAAAACUCGGAUUCCCU